AUGGGAAGAAUGGGAGGAAUGGGAUGUGAUGGGAUGGGAGGAGGGGAGUGUUCACAAAUCACACUGUCCCUGUCCGGCUGUUCGGCAGACACGCGCUCGCAGAAAACAAAGAGGCAGAGAUGCGCGUGGAUUUACCGGAGAGAACAAUGAACGAGCAAAGACGAGCAUGACGUUUACAUUUCUUUCUGUCAUUUCAAAGAAAUGCAUUAUAGCAUGUCAUGGACGUCUGUAAGGUGUCUACAAACUGUGUUCAUGUGUACAGUAUUAGUUUCAGAUAUGGGGUUCAUGCGAAUGUAGUUAUUUUAAUUUCAUGAAGAAGUUGCUCUGGACGCUUUUCAGAAAUUGCUUUUUUCUGUAUGGAUUAUAUGAGGGAGUGAUUCAUAUGUGAUUGACGGCCCUCAGGGAGCAUACUGCCUGGCCUUAUACUGUCCAGGUCGGAUUAGUUGAAACAUAAAAAGCAAAUAAGAUGUCUGCUGCUCCAGGGAGUCCACAACUAUCUCCGAAGUCUGAAAUUAAACCGAGACCACGAGUUCCUACCAAGCCCUCAAAUAGCACCUCAGAGACAUCAUCUGCAGAAACCACAGCCUCACAAUCUUCUGGCAAUGUAAAAAAGAUAGUGGAUAUAUUCAGCCAGCCUGAGUCUAAGAUUCCAUGUGGAGGUAUAGCAAAUAUCACGCGUUUGGAAAAGAAACCACAGCAACCUCCUACAAUUAAGCCGAGACAAAAACCUAUAAGUUCUUCCCAGACCAACGCUGCUAAAGAUGCACCUCCUUUACCUCCAAAGACGAGGCAAAAUCACAGUGCCCAGAAAGAGGUUGAGGAAAACAAGGAAGCCUCUGAAGCAAGUAGGCAAGACGGAGGCUUGGCUGCUGUAAUGACAGAUGGAGACCGAUCAGCUCCUGAUGGAAAAGAAUGUGGUAAACGGGAUUCAGAACGGAAUUCAAGCCCUCUCCCAGAGCUUCAGUGUGAGAGUAAUUGCGGCUGCGUGUGUCAUCUACAAAGGCCUGGCAUGAAGCUUGUAUGGGUGCCUGUAAGUGAAAAAGAGGAUGAGGUUGAGGAUGAUGAGGUUGAUAUUACUGGGACAAAUCCUGAGACACAGAUCAGCGACGUGGAGGAUCAGAAUGAAAACAAAGAAGAGACUGAAGCAGAAGAACAGGACCAUCCAAAAGUAGAAGUGGAGUCUGCAGUUAUAGAUGUGAACAAAUGCGAGGAAUCUCUUACUAAAAAAGACAAGUUUGAGGAGACACGCAGCCUUAUAGAGCAGCAGCUGAGGAGAAAAUCAGACCCUGGACCUCCGUCAGUGAUCACCUCUGUUGUCCCGUUUCCCUACACUCCUCUGAAUGUCCCAAAAGGCCAAUCUUUGGAGGAAGAAUCUGAAUAUGAAAUGAACCUGGACGUGGUCACUCCAGCCAGACCUCCAAAGACCACUGGAACAAGCAAAAACUCUCCUCCACUCAUUCCUCCUCGAAUGCCUUUAGACAACAAGUGUCCACCUCGGCUUAGUCUGCUACAGCCUCCAGGUCCCCCUGCAUCACCUCUGAUGCCCCCUAACAAACGCACCCCACCUGGCAGUCCUCGACUACCAAGAGGUCCACCACCACCAGUCAAGACCUACGAGAAUACAAGAAGACUAAGUGCUCUUUCUCUGCAGUCUACAGAUGAGACUGACUGUGCAGGGACUGAUGAGAAAACAUGUGGAUCCAACGAGAACUCCAUCUCUAGACUUCCACGAGUCCCUCCACGUCGAGAACAAUCUUUUAAUUCGGAUAUUGGAAUAGUUGAGGAGUACUAUCAGGUUUACACAAAAAGAUUUAUAAUGAAAGAGAUCAGGAAGACCAUGUGUCGUGAUGUGGAGGACCUCCCAAAAAGUUCAGAUAAAAGAGCUAAAGGUUCCAAUACCAGUCCUGCUUUAAAACUAAAACAGAGCAAUUUGUGGCAGGACCAGCCACGGGUACGAGACAGUGGUGUCCUGGAGUCUUUAACCCCAGAGGACUGCAAGUACCAAGAGAGCAUGUUCGAAGUGAUUACAUCUGAAAGGUCAUACUUGCGCUCUCUGCGUGUGCUAACAGAGCAUUUUAUGGAGUCAAGUGCAUUAAACGAAACUCUCAUUAUAAUGGACAAAAAAACUCUUUUCUCAAACACUCCACGCAUCCAAGAGGUCAGCGAGAGAUUUCUAAAGGACCUGGAAGAGCGACUAGAUGAGGGCAUUAUCAUUACGGACAUCUGUGACAUCAUCCACUAUCACGCCCAACAUAAUUUCCCUGCGUAUAUCGACUAUGUUCGAAAUCAGGUUUAUCAGGAAAAAACCUUCGCCACUCAAAUGCAGAAUAAUGCCCAGUUUGCGACUGUAAUCGCCCAUCUGCAGGAGUCACCCAAGUGUCAGCGCCUGCCCUUAAUAUCCUUUCUUUUGCUGCCUUUCCAGCGAAUCACACGCAUUAAAAUGCUGCUUGAGAACAUCCUGAAGAGAACGGCUGUUGGGACAGAUAAGGAACAAACAGCAUCUAAAGCUUUGGACUCAGUGUCUAAGAUCAUAGAGGAAUGUAAUGUUCAGGUGGGAAAAAUGAAGCAGAUGGAAGAACUCAUUGAGAUUAAUGGCAUGCUGGAGUUUGACAAACUGAAGGCGGUGCCAAUAAUCUCCCAAACACGUUACUUGGAGAAACGCGGAGAGUUCCAGGAAGUAAAUAAAAUGGCAGGAUUCCUCAGCCUAAGAUUCGCUCCCAAAUUCGCUUCAGUCUACCUGUUUCUUUUCAAUGACCUGCUUGUUAUUGCAAAGAAAAGUUCUGAGCGCUAUGUAGUCCUAGAUUAUGCUCAUCGCUCCCUGAUCCAGGUGCAGCUUUUGGGGGAGGACGCAUCUGUUCCCACCCUAGAGAACUGUUUCUGUCUGAGCCUUCUGGAGAAUCACCAGGGACGCCAGGUGGAGAAACAUUUAAAAGCACUCACAAAAUCUGACCUACAUAGGUGGUUGGCCGCAUUCCCGAAUCCCAACGAUACCCUCAAAGAUGAAGAAGAAGUCAUAUAUGAGGACUGGGAUUGUCCUCAAGUGCAGUGUGUGGAGCAGUAUGUGGCAAUUCAAGCAGAUGAGAUAAAUCUGGAACCUACAGAGAUUAUCAAUGUCCUACGCAAAACCAAUGAAGGAUGGUAUGAGGGAAUGCGCCUGUCAGAUGGACAGAAAGGUUGGUUCCCGGCGGCAAACGUACUGGAAAUCACCAAUGAGCACGUCCGACGCCGUAACCUCAGAGAGCGAUACCGUGUUAUUCAGGCCGCCAGCAUUAUCUCCAGCAAGAAUUCGACUCUGCCUAAAGGAAAUGCAUCCUAGCAGACUGGAAAUUCCUAAAAUAGGAAUAGUCUUUUAAACUGUUGAACUUCAAUACAGACAUUGUAUCGAUGAAAAGUGUUUUUGAUGUUUUUCAAACAUCCUUUUUAGGAUGAAAAAUGUCAUUUGGAAUUUUAAACCGAGAACGUGGGAAUGUCAACACUGUACUGUAUGGAGUGCACUUGUAUAACACAAAAGCUGCUUUGGCCCGUUGAACAAAUAUUUUACUAAAUCUAUUUUAGAUCUACCCAUUACGUUGCAAUGUUCAAUUGUUUUGUUGAGGAUCCAUAUAUGGAAUGUGUGUGUGUGUGUGUGUGUGUGUGUGUGUGUGUGUGUGUGUGUGUGUAAUGUUUAGCACUUGUUUUAGGAAAGUCAAAUUACUGAAAUUCCAGAUUAGCAGAUGAGGUGAGCUAAAUGAUGCAGCAUAGUAAAAAUAUCACAUGGUGACACAUUCCUUGUAAACCUGCAUAACUAGUUUUUCAUUUUUAAUUGUACACAUUGAAUGUGUACAAUUCAUCUUGUGUUGACUAAACACAAAUGCUGUUGUGCUAUGGUACAUUUAAAUGGGAUAGGUUUUUAAGUUCAUUUGGAAAACUCAACCAGAAAAGUACUGUACAUAUUGUUUUAUAGUGACAGAUAAACAAGUUGUCCUGUUGUGAGUCAUACCAAUAAUUACAUUUUAGAGAAUGACACUCUUCUGUGUGUACUUUCUCAGGAGAUGUAAUACACCUUAUGCGAGACUGUGUGAGUUUGUGUGAAUGUACCGUACCACAUUCAGUUUUGAUAUGUGAAAAUGUUAAAUACAGUAAUUAGUUUGGUAUCCUG